AUGGCUUUUCUACAACUUCAAUCAAUACUAAAACAAUAUUCCUCUUAUUAUUAUUAUUAUGAGCAACAUUACUCAACCCUUUACUACUUAGCCAUUUUUGGCUUCAUAACCAUCUUUCUUGUGCUUAAUUUCACAAUAACAAAAAAAGGACGAAAAUCCAAUAAUCUUCCACCAUCACCACCAAAGCUACCAUUCAUUGGAAACCUUCAUCAACUAGGAACAUUGCCCCACCGUUCCUUCCAUGAACUCUCAAAGAAGCAUGGCCCUCUCAUGUCCCUUCAACUUGGACAAACACCAGCCAUUGUUGUUUCUUCGGUUGAUGUGGCCAAAGAAAUCAUCAAAAACCAUGAUGUUGUUUUCUCCAACAGGCCCCAAACAACAUCCGAGAGAAUCAUUAUGUAUGGAUGCAAGGAUGUUGCUUUUGCACCCUAUGGUGACGAGUGGAGACAGAAAAGAAAAAUUUGUGUUCUUGAGCUUCUAAGCCUUAAAAGAGUGCGAUCCUUUCAAUCCAUUCGUGAAGAGGAGGUUGCCGAAUUGGUUAGUAGCUAUGAUGAGAUUGACGUGUUUGCCGGAGGUGGUGACACUACUUCAACACUUUUGGAGUGGACAUUUGCAGAACUGAUUAAGAAUCCAAAGAUCAUGAAGAAAGUUCAAGAAGAAGUAAGAAAUGUUGUUGGGUAUAAACAAAAGAUAGAUGAAAAUGAUGUGAAUGAAAUGGAAUACAUGAAAUGUGUGAUCAAAGAAAUUCUAAGAUUGCAUCCACCUGCUCCUUUAUUAAUACCCCGUGAAACCCUAAGUGAUGUGAAGCUAAAAGGUUAUGAUAUUCCAUCAAAGACAAAGGUAUAUUUGAAUGCAUGGACAAUUCAAAGAGACCCCGAAAUUUGGAACAACCCUGAAGAGUUCAUUCCUGAGAGAUUUGAGAAAAGUCAAAUUGAUUUUAUGGGUCAACAUUUGGAACUUAUACCCUUUGGUUUCGGAAGAAGGGGUUGUGCUGGAAUUUCAUUUGCAAUUGCUUCCACUGAACAUAUUCUUGCUAAUCUUCUAUGUUGGUUUGAUUGGAAGCUGCCCAAUAAUAAUAAUAAUGAUGAUGAUGUUGGUGUCACUAAAAUGCAAGACAUUGAUAUGUGUGAGAUUUAUGGGCUCACUGUUUGCAAGAAAGUACCAUUGCAUCUUCAGCCUAAACUAUACAAUCAUAUGGGGAAGUAAUUAUCUUAUCUUAAUUUUGACUAUUAUGUAUGGUCAAAAUUAAAAUAAAAUAAUGUUAUUCAGUUGUAUUAUUGUGGCGCAUGUGUGCCUAAUAAAGUCUAGGAAAUAAACAUAGACUAAGCAUUACUUACGCAUGAUUAUUGCAGUU